CCAACAUAAACAUGAUUUCCUGCUAUGAUAGGCGACGAAUGAAAGCAUUCAAUAUUGUGGUAAUGAUUGUAUGGUCAAGUCUUUUGUCAUCUGUAGAUGGAUCGUGUGCCUCAAAAGGGGACAUCGUUUUUCUUCUUGACGAAUCUGGAAGCAUUGGAUACAGCAACUUCGAGCGGAUCAAAUCUUUCGUAAGCACCAUUGUCGGCCAAUUCAGUGUUGGAAACGAUACAAAUCAGUUUAGCGUGGUCAGUUUUGAAUCGUUUGCAAGAGAAAUCUUUCCCUUGAACCGAUAUCAAACUGUGUCAAGUAUUCAGUCAGCUAUUUCUAGCAUCAGUUUCUCAAGUGGUGGAACAAGCAUAGGUAGAGCUCUUGACUAUGCCCGAAUGUACUCUUUUACAACAACUAGAGGUGCAAGAUCGGAUGCAGCAAAGAUUGCAGUUUUAAUCACAGAUGGCCAAAGCUCUCUUACUGAUGAGCCCGAACGUCUGAAAGCAAUGGGGGUCACCAUCUUCUGCGUCGGUGUUGGGUUAGGUGUAGAUUUCCAGGUGCUUCGCUCAGUGGCUACACACAACGACUACACAUAUUUGACAACAUUUGACGUGCUCAAUCUCAUAUCGGAGGAAUUAUCCAAUAGGACGUGUGCAGAUGAUAUCAAUGAUUGUCUUGGGGAACCUUGUCUGAAUGGGGGAACUUGUGAAGACCAGUUUGGAAAAUACGUCUGUCAUUGUCAAGGAGGGAUUACAGACCCCAUUUGUUACGUGCCAGGUUUGCCCAAUGUAACGCUAGGGUCUAGUGUUCAAAUGUCGCCAGGGUCAACAACUAUACUUAAUUGUUACGUCACAAGUCCAACGACGGUCUCCUCCAUCACGUGGUUAUACCAGAAAAAUGGUGUCAAUUCAGUGGUAAACACAGGAGAUACUUCAAAAUAUAGCGGUGGAACUAUUGGAACACCCUCUCUCUCCGUAAAGAACGUUCAAGUAACAGAUGUAGGAAACUACAGAUGUCAAGCACAAAAUACGGCAGGAAUUGGUCAGAGUGCAUCUAUGGUACAUUUGGAUCUGAGCCAAGGUUAUCCAAAUUUGGUAACGACCGGAUCUUAUACAUAUACUGUAAAUGCGAGCAACAACGUGACAUUGACAUGCAAUUUUACGUCAUCAUACCCACCAGUGCUAAUGGUGCAAUGGUAUAAAUAUUACAGCAUCAUAUCAACUAGUAUGUCUGGGAAAUAUAUAGGGGGGACUCCACAGAACCCCUCCCUUACCAUCAUAGACUUCCAGGCAGCCGAUAUGGGAACUUACCGUUGCUCCGUCUCCAAUUCGUACGGAACAAGGACCAGUUCAGAUAUACAUUUAGUUGUGUAUGCUAAUGAAGAUUCGAGUUGUGACAAGCUGAGCUGUGGAGGUCUCAGAGAAUGCGUUUUAAUGAACAACAAACCUACCUGUUCUGUGUCGACCUGGAAAGCGGCGGCGGCGGGGGUAGCAGGGACUGUGGGCGCCGCUGCUUCUGUGGCUGCAGGAGUUGCCGCCUUUAAGUUACUGACUAGCAAGGCAAUACAGCCACAAAAUGGGACCGGGAAUUCCCAAGGAUCCAAUUCAAAGUCAAAUAACAGAAACAAUGAUAACAACGAUCAAAACAGUGACGACAACAACAGUGAUGACGACAGAGAGAGUAACCAUGACGACGACAUGCCGGACCCUAACUACAUCGGGGGAUACCAGGGGUUCAUCAACUCCAUGCCUCCUCCCAGCAUGUAGUUUAGUCGUGUCUGAUUCGGGUCUUAAACCUAAAAAAAGCUUACUUUAUACACUUGUACAUUAUUAGGUGCGUGAUUUAGAUAUCAUUUAUCUAUUAUUAAUUAUCAUUAUACUUUAUAUAUCAAUCAAUAUUUGGACUAUUUUGAAUGUUAAAUGGUCUUUACUUAUAGAUAUGAUUGUAGAUGUAAACUAUUGGAUAUUGUUAUUUGUAGACUUUUCAUUCACUUUUUAUGUAUAAUAUAUAAUCUUUCGUCAAAAAAAUCCCUAAGCCUCUUUUUUUAAAGGAAACUAUCGGGUUUAAUACAUGUAACCAGUGCGAGCUACAAUAAAUAACAUUGAACUCGGAAUCUCGAAAGAGCUGCUUACUGACAAGUACUAAUAAUGACAUCUGUUCUUCCGUUAUCGGAUAAAUUCAUACUGUUUAACGUUACAAUUGGUUAUAAUUUAAAUAUACAGUUUCCUUAAAAAAUGUAAACCAAUUUUGAAACACGUUCGUGAACAUUUGAGCUACGUGUAACACGCAGAUCAAUUAUUCAAAAUUGUAUUAUAUAAAUUAUGAAAUGCUUGCAACAUAAACAAGAAGGUAUAGGAACUAUAAAACGAAAUUAAGAAUUUGAGGAAGGUAAAGCUACAUGUAUAUUUAGAUCGUUGUUCUUUUUAGAUCAUUGUUCUUCUAAAUGUAACCUUGUCUGUGAUAUUAAUUCUGAUUUUGGCUGUGAUUUUAUUCAUUGUGAUAGUAAUGAAUACAUGCACAACAAAAGUUUUUCCAUUUUCAUGUGUUUCCAACUAAUUCUAAGGACUACAAAGAAGAAUGCAACUUUUAUAAAAAAUAAUGAAAUGUAUGUGUUGAUAUUUUG